CCCCCGGGUUUGUUUUACCUCACUCUCCUCCCCUACCGGAUCCACCUUGAACCCCACUGUCCCAGUCCCACCUCUGCCCAUCCCACCCAGGACGCCUCCUUAUCCAAUCUCCCCAUGGUCUCCCUGAGCCAUACUUGUCCUCAAAGGCCUGUGUCCUCCCUACACCCCGGGCGCUUGCCCACGACUGGCUGCUGCUUGGGCUCCAGCUGGUAGCCCUCCCCCGUAUGCUCCAUUACCUGGGCGUUUCCUGCUCAGAACCUAAUAACGAGGUGCAGAGCUGCAUCUUCUUGCUCACGGCUUUCUUGGGUGUGCACCAGGAGGGAAGGGACCAGUGUCUGAGUGAAAUCGGGUGUGUGCCGUGGACGGACCACGUCUGUGAAGAAGUGUGAGGCUUGCCCUGGGCUUCUCGCCCUGCCCUCAACCUCACCCCAGCUACUGUGAAAUGGCUCACAAGGUCGUGCCCCGAGAAACUGGGAGGACAGCUUACCUCCCUGCCAUUCUUGAUCACCCCAGCCCUGUGGCAGCCACCCACACAGCACCUCCUCCUCCUUCCAGCCCCGCCCGGCAGGCUCCUCCCAAGGGCCAGUGGGGAAACAGGAUCUCCCACAGCACCCCAAACUCAGCACUGCACUAUGUGGGUUCUGAGGCCCUGGACCCGAUUUGCGCUUUUGGUCAUGGCCCACAUGCUGGCCAUGGGGCUAGGGGCUGUGGUGCUCCAGGCCCUGGAGGGUCCUCCUGCACUCCAGCUCCAGGCCAAGCUCCAGGCUGAGCUGGCUGCCUUCCAGGCAGAGUUUGGGGCCUGCUUGCCACAUGGAGCCCUGGAAGAGCUGCUGGGCACAGCCCUGAGGGCACAGGCUCAUGGAGUCUCCAGCCUGGGCAACAGCUCAGAGGCCAGCAACUGGGACCUAUCCUCAGCCCUGCUUUUCACUGUCAGCAUCCUCACUACCACGGGUUAUGGCCACAUGGCCCCACUCUCCGCAGGUGGAAAGGCCUUCUGUGUAGUCUAUGCAGCUCUAGGGCUGCCAGCUUCCCUAGCACUUGUGGCUGCCCUGCGCCACUGCCUGCUGCCUGUGCUCAGCCGCCCAGGUGCCUGGGUAGCCAGUCGCUGGCAGUUGGCACCAGCCCAGGCUGCACUGUUGCAGGCAGCAGGGCUGGGCCUUCUGGUGGCUGGUAUCUUCGUGCUGCUGCCAGCACUGGUGCUGUGGGGUCUACAGGAUGACCGCAGCCUGCUGGAGGCCGUCUACUUCUGCUUCAGCUCACUCAGCACCAUCGGCCUGGCAGACUUGCUGCCAGGCAGUGGCCAAGGCCUGCAUCCGGUGAUUUACCAGCUCGGCCACUUCGCACUUCUUGGUUACUUGCUCCUAGGGCUCCUGGCCAUGCUGCUGGCAGUGGAGGCCUUCACAGAGCUGCCACAGGUCUGUGCCGUGGUGAAGUUCUUUGGGGUCAGUACCCCUGAAACUGCUGAGGACCAAGAUGGCAUUGUGAGCCAGGAUGAGCUGGCUCUGAACAACUUGCCUCCUGCCACCCCUGCCUCCGAACAAGCCCCGGCUUGCGGACAGGUGUCAGGUGACUGCAUGUAGCUCCUCUGAGGUGGCGGAUCGUGAGGAGGAAGCAGUCAUGAGUACUCGGGGAAGAAUCGGCGAUGGCAGGGUUGGGAGGGGGAGAUUGUAGGGAAUGGUGUGCUAAUUUUUUAAAAAGGCAACAACUUGCUCAACUUUGUUUUUGGUGUCUU